AUGAAGGAUGUCCUCGCGAUGACGAUGGCAUUCCAUUCUAUUCGCAUCGGCAUCAUCUGGCCAGAUACGCUUCAUUAUCUCGCAGGUGGCAAGCUGCCGUCGAAAGAGACGGUGGGCGCAUGUCCGCGACGGCUGAGGUAUCUCAAACAGCUUUUCUAUGACCUUGAUCUGCCCGGCUAUAUCGUUCGUUAUAACAAGAAGCGACCUUAUCCCACAUUCUUUCGCCAUGGUCUUUUGCAACUCUGGGAGGAACUCGCCGCUUGGAAGGAACCGUAUGUUGCUCCCCGCGGCAUCACACUGGAGCUGCGCGCGAAGACUUGUUGGACUUGUCCUCUCGGAACGGAACCACAAACUCGGGAUUCAGGUGCUAAACGUGGCUUAAGUCUUGACGAUAUUUCGGGGAGCUCUCCUACCCUUCCCGUGGUCCCCUGCGUGACGGGGUUGUUCGUCGGUAGACCUGGCCAUCGAAUCAAUCCUACCACCAUUGGCCAGAUGAUUCUUUCUUUGCCCAACUUGCGGAGUCUAGAUAUUACGCUUGGCAUGAUUCGACACAAGCAUAGGGCUCUUCGCAGGGAAUUAAAGUCUUCGCUAGCGCUCGUUCUAGAGACUCCAACCCUCCAACGCCUGCAACGUCUCAAUCUGGCUUUGGAUGAGCACGCGCCCCUCAGUCAUAGCUCCUGGACCAAGGCAGACCCCGAAUAUCCAAACGGAGACGACUUGGGUCGGGCAGUCUGCCGGCUAGCACAGACCUGCCUUGAGGAGCUUCAUUAUUCUGGCCCAGUGUCACCGGUGAUUUUUGGCGUUGACCCCAACCAUCCCCACCACGAGCAGAAACAAUUUCCGCGAUUGAAGAAACUCGACAUUAAGUUCCCAAUACAUACCUAUGACGGACGCUGGUACUACAACGAUGAUCCUAGUAACGUGAACAGAUUUUUUUUUCACCUGGAUGAGUUGCAAAAGUACGAGUACGGGUACGACUACGACUCUGACUGGUCAUCAGCAUCCGACACGGAUGAAAGACACAACUCAACCAGAACACUGAAAUUUAUCCAAUGGUGGCGGAGAACGGUAGACCCUGAGAUGUUCGAGCCUUUGCUUCGUGCGCUGGUUUCAGCAACCCAGCGAAUGCCCAAGCUCUGCGCCCUCAAAUUUGUAGCCAGGAAUUGGGAGACUGCGCUAUAUGAUCUUGGAAUUGAGUUCGCCGGAGGUGGCGUCCAAGCCAACUUUCUCUACCAUUCCCUGAUAUCUGGACCAUUGGUAGCGAAACCGAAGUGGGUGGUGAUGCGGGGAUUGAAGAUGAAAUGGGACCUGCCAGAGAAUAUAAGACGCAUGAUGCAGGAGCAAGCCGGUGGAAACGCCGCAAUUCUCGACUCGGACGGGUAUUGGAUGGACCUAGCACUCGGCAUUGGGGUGGGAAUGUGGUCUGGAAUCGAGAUGCAAGGUGGCUUCGUCUUGACGGAGCGCCGUCUUUUCCCACCCGACAUCCACUGA